UGAAUUUCGAAAUGCACCCUUUUUGAAUACAGGGUUGAAACAUGCGCAUAAGAAUCUGAGCAGCACCAUCGCUAUUUGUGGCGGGAAAAUUGGCAGUGAAAAGCUGUCCAAAGCCAUUGAAAUCAAUUCGAAAUAAUUUUUCCAUUUCUGCAUGAAAAUCAAAGCCAAUCCGCCAUCAAAAAUCCACAAUUUCCAUCGAAUUAUUUUUAUUCUCAAUAAAUAAUAAUCGAUUGAGUGAUUCUCAAACCAGAGAAACGAAUCAUGAGUCCAACGAUUGGAGCGAAGGAUAAGCCUAAAGACCAAGUUAUUGAGGGCAGAGUGACGAGAAGUUCUAUUCGACAUCUUCCAGAUAAUCUCAAAAAGGAAUUCCUGAAGGAGGAGGAAGUGGAUAAAGAUCCGAUAAUCGAGGACUUGCCACCGAUUUUGUUCACGGGAAAACUGUAUUAUGUCACGGAUUUUGAGGGUUGUGCUAUGCUCUGCGAUCAAAUUAUAGAGAGAAUUGAGAAGCAUCCUGACGUGAUUGUACCAAUAGGAUUCGAUUUGGAGUGGCCUUUCAGUUUUCAAACUGGUUCUGGCAAGACUGCACUGGCACAAUUGUGUGUUUCGGAAAAUACUUGUCAUUUACUGCAUAUUCAUGGGCUUGAUAAAUUACCCAAGGGGUUAAUUGUGUUGCUGAGCCAUCCGAGAGUAAAAUUGGUUGGUGUGAACAUCAAGAAUGACAUUUGGAAACUCGGCCGAGACUUCAAGGAAUUUCCCUCGAAACAAGUAGUAGAUAAUAAUUGCAUAGACUGUGGUCCCUUCGCCAACGAAAUCUACAAGAGAUCCUGUCGGUGGAGUUUGGAGCGUCUCACCGCUUACAUAUUAAAAAAGAAAAUAAGUAAAGAUGACAAAGUUAGAAAAAGUAAAUGGCACAUUCUCCCACUCAGUGAGGAGCAGAAAACUUAUGCAGCCACUGACGCUUACGUCUCACUACUACUGUAUCUGACGAUCCAGAAGAAGGCGAGGGAAUUGACUCUAGAGAAAGAAAAAAUUCCUAAUCCCCAAGAAAAUUGAUUCUAUGGGAUAAAAUUCUACGACA